AAUCCUGGUGUUGUUUGAAAGUGUUUGAAAUCCAUUUAUGUGUUAGAUAAUCUGGAAGUGCUUUUUAUUUAUGUGCUCUUUUUAAAGUGCUUGAAAUUCAGUAAUUUCAUAAAAAUCUAAAACAAACCCCGAAGUAUGUGUGGUGAAUUUUGUUAUUCGUCUAUAAAUUAAAUUAAAAUGUCUUUAAGCUUAGGACAGUAUGAAAAUAACCGACACUUCCAAAUGUAUGAAACUAAAUAGUUACCAUUCAAAGGUACCACAUCUCAAAGAAAAAACUGGCAUAAUUUAAAGGCUACUGUUCCGACCCAUGAGUUUCAUUAUCUAUCAAUAUCCUCUCAGCCAAUAUGUGUCUCCCUUCAACAAUCUUUUAUUAAUUUCACUGACCCAUCAACCCAGAUAUUAAUUUAGGUGUAAUAGCAGGUAUCCUCCCAGGUAGAAUGAUAUUAGUUAUUUGGUUUGUUUAUUGGUGUGUUGUUUGCCACAAUUAGUAGAAGUAAAGAAGAAACAUUUUUUAAUUACAGAUACGCCUAAAUCCGCAAGAACUUGGAACAUCAUUCUUCCAAAAACCAGCCCAAAGCACCAGACCCAAAACCCGGAUAGUAAACCCAAAGUCCCAGACUCAAAAACAAUCCCAAACUCUAUAACCCAACCUAGAGUCUACCCAAAACCCAGGCCCAAAAACCAGUCCCAAACAUAAACGCCAAAACCUAACCCAGAUUCUACAUAAGGGUAUGAACACACAGUCUUUGAACUCCAUUUAUGGGUUAAAAAUCUAAAAUCAUAAAUCAUUUUUUGUUCUGAACUAUGUUUAACUUUCUCAAUUUCCAAUUUAUUUUAUCAUAUUAGGUUGUGGUGUAAUACCUAGGUUCACAAUGUGUCUUCCUUCAACGAUCUUUUAGUUUUAAUUUUUGUGACCCGACACGAAAACAAACCCAAAGUCUAAACCCAAAACUCAAAACCCAACCAACGAGCCCCAAAAACCAGCACCAAAACCCAGCCCUAAAUUAUUAAUUUUAGUGACCCGACAACCCAGAUACAAAACCCCAUUGCAAAGAUAGACCCAAACUCUUAAUCUUAAAGUCAAAUGACAACAAAAAGGAAUGGACAUGUAAGGUGGAAUGAUCAGUGGAAUAAAUGACAACAAAAAGGAAUGGACAUGUAAGGUUAGAGUUGUGGAGAAACGGAACAUCAAAGACUCAAGGACGAGCCGUAACAAGUACAGACCUUUUAUAUUGCAGGAUGAGGAGGUAAGCUUAUAAAGCUUAUAAAAUAAUCAAUCUUAGAGCGUACAUAUUACAUGCACUAAUUAUGUUCCAUUCAACCAUUUCUGUACAGGAUACCAAGGUUCUUGCUCUCGCAAAUAGUGGGGACAUUGAACAAAUUGAUAAGAUACUCGCCCUCAAAAACACGUACUACAUAAGCAAUGCUGCUGCCAUGCCUAACCAAGUAUAGUGGUGAUCCCCCAUCCGCAACCUAUAAUUACAUUUAGAUGUUGAGUAAAAAGACUUGGAUUGAGGCAGCCCCAAAAUCAGAACAAAUUCGGGCAACAAAUGAGACAGACACUAUCCUCGCACAAUUCUUUGACUUCUAUGACUUAUGCCGUUCUAAAACCCCAAUCAAUUUCAUGGCCAUUGUGAUUCAGAGAAUGCCGAGAGAGUAUGUCUUUGUUCCUGGACAUGCCAAAACCGCACAUGAUUUCAUGCUUGUGAACGAAGAAAUGAAACCAGUUGUGUUGACUCUUUCGGAAGAUUUCGCAAUGAAUCAAGGCCGGGAUAUAACAUCCCUUUUAGAGAGUGGGCGACACCCAAUAAUUUUGGGUAAAAGGGUGACCGUUACUCCCUUCAUUGGUAAUGUUUAUUUAUCCAAAAGGGCUCAUGCCGAGUCUUCUUUAUUGGCUGGAGCUUGGCUGGAGCUUGUCAUAAUGUAAAACAGGUUACAUAUUUGCAAGAUCAUAUUCAUAUGAAGAACACAUGAUUUUUAUGUGAAAACCCAAAUCACGAGAAAACCAUUAUUUUUUUAUGUGGUGCCAUGUCAAAAGGGGUGUUUUAUUAAUGGUCGGGGGAGUAUUUGUACAACAUGUGGGUGUGGUAGUCAUUAAUGGAGUUCAAAGCUAUAUCGGAAGAUAAUAUGAGAGUG